AGCGUUGGGAGAAUUAAGAAAAGAAAAUAACAAACACAAUCGUUAAAAAGGGUGUCCGAACGAACUCCAAAGGAGUAGAGGAGAACAGAGGCCGGAGACUUUUGAGAGUUGAGACUGACUCAGAGAAGAGAAACGCCGCUGAGCGUGGGUUUGAGGGGUUUUGGCUAUGGCGAUCCACGGGAGGAAGAUGAUGAUUCCUGGAUUUAUAAUUUUUUUGGUUGGGUUUUUUUCCUUUCAGAUCUGCUCUUCUUCUGAUGCGAUCUUAUACGAAUCGUUUGAGGAGUCCUUUGAGGGCCGCUGGAUUGUCUCUGAGAAGGACGAGUACAAUGGUGUAUGGAAACUCUCAAAGAGUGAAGGACAUGAUGAUCAUGGCCUUUUGGUCAGUGAGAAGGCUAGGAAGUAUGCCAUUGUGAAAGAGCUUGAUCAGGCUUUGGAUCUCAAGGACAAAACAAUUGCUCUGCAAUUUGAGGUUCGACUCCAAAAUGGGCUAGAGUGUGGUGGUGCAUACUUGAAAUAUCUCCGACCCCAGGAGGCUGGCUGGAUAGCAAAGGAAUUUGACAACGAGUCUCCAUACUCUAUAAUGUUUGGACCUGACAAAUGUGGCUCCACUAAUAAGGUUCACUUCAUUCUCAAGCACAAGAACCCCAAGAGUGGGGAGUAUGUUGAGCACCAUCUGAAGAGCCCUCCAUCUGUUCCAUCAGACAAGCUCACACAUGUAUACACUGCAGUAUUGACUCCUGACAAUGAAGUUAGGAUUCUAGUAGAUGGUGAGGAGAAGAAGAAAGCAAAUUUCCUUUCAUCUGAUGAUUUUGAGCCCCCAUUGAUUCCUGCAAAGACAAUUUCCGACCCAAAUGAUAAGAAGCCAGAGGACUGGGAUGAGCGAGCAAAGAUUCCAGACCCAGAUGCUGUGAAGCCAGAUGAUUGGGAUGAGGAUGCACCAAUGGAAAUUGAAGAUGAGGAAGCUGUGAAACCUGAAGGGUGGUUGGAUGAUGAGCCAGAGGAGGUUGAUGACCCUGAGGCAACAAAGCCAGAAGAUUGGGUUGACGAAGAGGAUGGUGAAUGGGAGGCACCAAAGAUCGAUAACCCAAAGUGUGAAACAGCUCCUGGUUGUGGUGAGUGGAAGAAGCCAAUGAAGAAGAAUCCUGCUUAUAAAGGAAAGUGGGAUGCACCUCUGAUUGACAACCCAAAUUACAAGGGCAUUUGGAAACCUCAAGAGAUUCCAAACCCUGAUUAUUUUGAGAUUGAGAAACCUGAUUUUGAGCCUAUAGCUGCAAUUGGUAUUGAGAUCUGGACAAUGCAGGAUGGUAUUUUGUUUGACAACAUCCUAAUUGCUGCUGAUGAGAAGGUAGCAGAAUCUUACAGGCAAUCUGCAUGGAAGCCGAAGUUUGAAGUUGAGAAAGAGAAGCAGGAGGCUGAGGAAGCAACUGCUGGUCAUUCAGAUGGUCUCUCUGACUUCCAGAAGAAAAUAUUUGACGUUUUGUACAAGAUAGCUGAUUUGCCAUUCUUGAGCUCAUACCACUCGAAGAUUAUUGAACUCAUUGAAAAGGGGGAAAAACAACCCAAUAUUACAAUCGGGGUCCUUGUUUCGAUUGUGGUUGUGAUCCUGACCGUGUUGUUCAGAAUUCUUUUCGGUGGCAAAAAAAGACCGGUGGCAAGUAAUUCUGAACCAACUACUGCGGCUGCCGCCCCCGAAUCUUCUGACAAUCAAGGAAGCGGCAACGAGAAGGACGAUGAGAGUGAGAAGGAAGAUGCUUCUGCUCCACCACCCCGAAGAAGGCCUGCCAGAAGGGAAAAUUGAAUAUGGAAAAAUAGAGUUUGCCGGUUCUCGAAAAUUUUGAGAUAGGACAUAUGACGUGGAUUUUUUGCUUAGCUGUAUUGUAGACAGUUUCAACUUUUUGAAAUUGGAUUAUUAUAAUUAUAUCUGUUUAUCAAUCGUACUUGAAAAAAUUAUGCUUCA